GGGCGGCGGCCGCAGCGGGCGGGCGCACUCCGGCAGAGCCAUGCUGGCGGCGCGCGUGGAGUAUAUCGCGCCCUGGUGGGUGGCGUGGCUGCACCGCGUCCCGCACGUCGGCUUGCGCCUGCAGCCGGUGGACAGCACCUUCAGGCCCCGCGAUGAGAGUUACCAGGAGUCGCUGCUCUUCCUGGGGCUGGUGGCCGCCGUCGGGCUGGGCCUGAACCUCGUCUUCCUCGCGGCUUACCUGGUGUGCGUGUGCUGCUCCCUGCAGACCAGUGCGGUGCAGACCAAGCGUCGCCACCCCUGCUGCAUCACCUGGACGGCCGUGGUGGCUGGGCUCGUCUGCUGUGCUGCGGUGGGCGUUGGUUUCUAUGGAAACAGCGAGGUCAACGACGGGGUGUACCAGCUGAUCUACUCCCUGCACAAUGCCAACCACACCUUCUCUGGGAUCGAUGUGCUGGUGUCUGGAACCACCCAGAAGAUGAAGGUGGACCUCGAGCAGCACCUGGCCCGGCUCAGUGAGAUCUUUGCCACCCGGGGAGAUUACCUCCAGACGCUGAAGUUCAUGCAGCAGAUGGCGGGCAACGUCAUCGUGCAGUUGGCAGGGGUGCCCGUGUGGACAGAGAUCACUGAGGAGCUGACCGAACUGGCCAGCCAGACUGGCUACGUGGAGUACUACCGGUGGCUCUCCUACCUCCUGUUCUUCGUCCUGGACCUGGUCCUUUGCCUCCUCGCCUGCCUGGGACUGGCCAAGAGCUCCAGGUGCCUCCUGGCCUCGGUGCUGUGCUGUGGGGUGCUGGCCCUGCUCCUCAGCUGGACGUCCCUGGCCGCUGACACUGCUGCGGCAGUGGGCACCGGCGACUUCUGCGCGGCUCCCGACGCCUUCAUUCUGAACAUCACGGAGGGCCAGCUCCGCACAGAGGUGACCCGUUAUUACCUGUAUUGCAGUCAGAGUACAAGCAGCCCCUUCCAGCAGGCACUGACCGUCUUCCAGCGCUCGCUGAGCAGUAUGCAGACCCAGGUGGCGGGGCUGCUGCAGUUUGCGGUCCCGCUCUUCCCCACGGCAGAGAAAGAUCUGCUCAGAAUCCAGCUCCUGUUGAAUUCAUCCGAGUCCAGCCUCCACCAGCUGAUGGCCAUGUUGGAUUGCCGGGGGCUGCACAAGGACUACCUGGACGCCCUCACUGGCAUCUGCUACGACGGCCUCAAGGGCCUGCUGUACCUCGGCCUCUUCUCCCUCCUGGCCGCCCUCGCCUUCUCCACCAUGAUCUGCAUGGGGCCAGGGGCCUGGAAGCACUUUGCCACCAGGGAUAGAGACUACGACGACAUCGACGAUGACCCCUUCAACCCCCAGGCCCGGCGCAUCGCCGCCCACAACCCCCCUCGCGGGCAGCUUCGCAGCUUCUGCAGCUACAGCAGCGGCCUGGGCAGCCAGACCAGCCUGCAGCCCCCGGCCCAGACUAUCUCCAAUGCCCCCGUCUCGGAGUACAUGAACCAAGCUGUGCUCUUCGGUGGGAACCCACGCUACGAGAACGUGCCACUCAUUGGAAGAGGCUCCCCUCCGCCCACGGCACCGUAUCCUGGGCCCGAUGGACAAAAAUGACCCAGGCACUUGUUUAAAAAUACCAGGCCAGGGACUUCACUGCAGACGUAGCCCGGGUGAACCUCGUCAUCAAGCAAGUUUGGAAAAUACUGCUUCAAGGAGGAGGGUCUCACUCUUGAACAUCCAUCACCUGGAAGACUCGUGACAACACAGGCCGCUGGAUAUCUGGGGCGGGGCUCGGGGGUUUGCAUUUCUGACCUGUUCCCAGGUAAAGCCUGAAGCCUGCUCAGGGGCAGGCUUCCUCACUCGGCGUACCAACACUUGAGCCAGGUCCUUGCGUGUCACGGGAGCUGUCCUGUGCGCUGCCGGAGGUUUAGCUGCGUCCCUGGCCUCCACCCACGCGAUGCCAGUAGCACCCCCACUCCAUAGCCCGCAGCCAUGACAACUGAAAAUGCCUCCAGACAUUAACCAGAUGUCCCCUGGGCAGGGGCAAAAUUGCCCCUGGUUGAGACCCACUGGGUUAAGGAGUCUCAGGCCCCUACUCCCUGCCCCCCAGCUGGAAGCCUUCGUCCAUCUCUGGCGUGAACGGCCUAGACCUGGACCCCGGAAACAUCCCUGGCGCUAGGAGACAGUCAGGGUCCUGUGGAGCAUUGCUACUUGGAGUUAGCUGCCCAGCAGCACCUGGAGCUUGCUAGAAAUGCAGAAUCUCAGGUCCUACGUGUGAUGUGGGAUGUGCUAACCUAAGAAGCCGCGUCUCUACUUCCGAGCAGAGGCUGGCUAACAUCUCCUGUGAAUGAACGCUUAAACUUUGUGUUUCUCCGACUUGGCUGCACUUGGAAGAACUUACAAAAAAAUAUUGGUGGCACUUAAUUUAUUUUUUUUUUCUGUAAGAUAAUUAUAGUCUCAUUUUUCUCACAUCAAAAGGAGAAAACAACUUAUCUCUCCUGUCCUAACAUUUAAUGAGCAGUUUGCCAGCGAAUUUAAAUGAAUUUAUCUUGUAAUAUAAUCACCCUGACGAUCUUAGAUCAUUCCAGUAGUGUCAAGCUUGUUUUACGAACUAGGACACUGAGUCUAAGAGGGUUAAUGUGAAUUGCUAAGAGCUACACAGCUAGUAAUAAUGAUGAUAAUAAGCAAUAAUAGUGAUAACGUUUAUGGAGCACCUGCUAUUAAGCUGAUUCAGACAUCGUCACUUUUAUCUAGUAGUAGCAGAUACUGAGCUGCUCGAUUUGCUCUCCACCUCCUUACUUGUCUUAGGCAGGGUCCCAGGACCCAGGAGAUAUGUACCCACCUGCAUGCAGGUGUAGCCCACAGCACGACUCUCCCAGCUUUAUGGAGGGAUUUGCUUUUGCACUACUCGAUGCCCCGUUGGUCAAGGAGGAACCUAAUGGGUCACUUGCCAGUGCUGGUGGCGGCACUUCAAAAGGCUUAAUUUUAUGUUAUGUGUGUUUUAUCACAUAAAAAAAGUACUGGUGGGUGUGGCCUAGGUUUCAGGAUGCUUUUAGACCCACCCCCGCCCCCGCAGUGUCUCUGAUGCACAGCCAAGUUUGAGAACCCCUGUGUUAGGGGUCUUGCCUGCUUCAUAUCAUUCCAUCCUUUCAGUGGAAAAGCUGAGUGCUCUUAGGUCCAUCGUGCAGGUGGGGCAACGGAGGCCUGGAGUGACAGGAGAACCUCCGCCGAGGUCAUGGGAUGAGCACGGUGCACAGCUGGGAUUUGAGCUCUGAGUCAGUGGGCCUGUGCCCUCAGCCUGCCCGCUAGGCGGGCUCCUAAGCACAGUGGUGCAUUACGGUGGCUGGUCGGCGUGUGCAUCUUGAGUUUGAGGCUGGGACCCAGAUGUCCUGACGGCCCCAGGGUUGACAGCAUUGGCAAACACGAAGCCUGCCCGGGCCACUCGACUAUCCUCUGAUAAGCCCCACGAGGCCUUGACAUUGAAACUUGGUGCCCGGCCGCUGUGGCUGGCCCAGCUCGCACUUCCUCAGAAGUUCCAGCAUUUUUGCUAGUGCGGUGUCUGGUUUAACGGGUGAUGUGUGACCCUGUUCUGAC